AUGGCCGGAGCAGUCGCCGCCGCAGCCGCCGCAGCCGCCGCAGCCGCCGCCGCUGCUGUGGCCACGCCUUCCGCUCUUCCCGUUCCAAGGAGGAUUUCCCCUUCUCGGCCUGCGACUCAUCUUCUUCUUCCGGUUUCAUCUGCGCUUGGUGCUACCUCCGCCCUCCAAAUUCGUGUGGGAUUGGGAAGAAACGCGGCGCCGUCUUCCUCGCGCUUCUGUGAAAGGCGGCGAGGCGGUGUGGUUUUUUCUUCAGCGUCGUCUUCUUCGUCCUCUUCUGGUUCUCCUCUCCCUGCGGCGCUCCUGUUCGACUGCGACGGCGUGCUCGUGGACACAGAAAAGGAUGGGCAUCGCAUCUCCUUCAACGACACCUUCGCCGAGGUUGGUUCGAAGGGACGCUUGCCGUGCUCUAGGUUUCUUGGUUUGUUUUUACUUGAUGCACCGCUAAUGAGUGAAAAUGGUUUCCUUCACCUAAUUUUCCGUAAUUGGAAAUGUAUGUCCAUCACAUGGGAUAUCCUUUUAUUCUUCGAUUUUCUAUCUCUAACAAUUUUAUGUGUCAUUUAUACUUGGUUCGAACUGGGCCUGAAGAAUUCUGCUAAGGCUUCUGCUUCACUUCCGAAAGAGAAAAUGACAGCGAAGUAUUUGCUUAGUCAAAUAUUCCUUUAAAUACAUAUUUUUUCUCGAAAUCUUCGUGUAUUCGUGGAGAUUUUCAUCAGUUUCUCCAGAUGAACGCGUGAAUUGAAUGAAUUUCUAGUCUGCUGAAACCACAUUGAUGAUAUGUUCCUUUUCUGUGGCCUUGAUGCCAGAAAGAAUUGGGUGUUGCCUGGGAUGAAGAACUGUAUGGAGAAUUACUCAAGAUUGGGGGAGGAAAGGAGAGGUAAGCCCUCUGAUCUGAGUUCCAACAUCCUAAGACGUCGACCCUCUCUCUACUAUUGAGAUUGUAGAAUGAUCUCUACAAUUCUGAUCAAAUCGAUCAAAUAUUUCAGAUGAAAGGGUGCUGGGUUUCAAAAUUUUCUAAUUGCUAGUUACAUGCGUUAAUUCUUAAGGUAGAUAUGGCACUUACUAGGUUGAUAUCCAAGGUUAUCGUAUGCUUUUACAAUCUAAGGAAAGCCAUGAGAGGGGAAACACAAUAUUCGGUCUGGAGUUUGAUUUCUGCGAAGGAAAUAACAUUCUCUCAUUGUUCUGUGAAAUUUAGGAUGACGGCAUAUUUUAAUAAGACUGGGUGGCCAGAAAGUGCCCCCAAGACCGAGGAGGAAAGGAAAGAUUUUAUUGCUUCUCUUCACAAGAGAAAAACUGUCCUAUUUAUGGCUCUUAUAGAGAAAAAGCUACUUCCUCUUCGACCAGGUGUGGCAAGGUAAAUUAAAUUGUUUUGCUCCGUCUGUGAUGUUAGAGAUGAUUGAAUAAUCUGUUUAUACCUUUCAAUGCUUGCAAUUUUUUCAUCAAGCUCCUAUCUUUACCUAGGUUUAUUCUUACCUCUCUGUAAAUUAGGAAAUGGAUCAGGACUUGUUUUCAUCAAAGGUUACUCUGAAGCAUGUAUGACGUUAGCAAUGGUAGAAUAACUUGUUUACCUUUUUCAAUCUUUGGGAGUAAUUUUUUCAAUCUGAUCCUUGUGAUUGACCAUAUUUUCUAUAUUUAUCUUUUUAUUCUCACCUGUCUGUAAAGCUGGAAAUGGGUUUAAGUUUGACUCGAGGAUAAUGAAAUCGACCAAUGAUCUAUCAUCAAUCCACAAUUGAUGAUAUUUGAUUUUUUAUUUUUCUUGGAUCCACAGGUUGAACGAAUUGAUUUCUGUUAGCCAUUAAUCCUAUGAAUUAACUUUUCAUAAUUUUUGUAAGGUAACUCGGCCUAUAAAGAUAAUGGCUUUUUAGUAAAUUUUUUUGAUCAUCAUUUUUCUAGAAAAUGUUAUCUGAAGAAGUAAAACAGAAGGUUAGCUGAAGCUAUUAAUCUAGAUGCCAAGUCAAGUUGUCAAAUAUAUAUAUAUAUAUAUAUAUUUGGUGUAUCAGUACUAAAUGUAUAUAUAUAUUAUAGGUAUUUUACUAAAUGUAUCAGUACUUCUGUCACUAAUGUUAAUAAUGAUAAAUGACUUAAAACAUUUGGUGAUCUUUAUGCAAAUUAUUCAUAAUUUGUAAAAUUUUGAAAAACGAUUAGAAGCUCAGAAUUUCGCCCAAAUAUUAUUAUUUUUAUAGAUCUGAUAAAGCUUUUAAUGAACCAGAAUUCUUUAGAAUUUCCUUCUGCUUUUCUUCCAAUGUUGGAGACCGGUUUCCAUGCCAAAUGCUAUGAUAUUGUAUUCUUAUCAAACUUUGAUGGCAUAAUGAUGCAGACUGAUAGAUGAAGCCUUGGGGAAAGCAGUCAAAGUUGCUGUUUGCAGUACAUCAAAUGAAAAGGCGGUAUGAAUAUUCAGGUUUCAAGCUGGUCUUAGAUCAUUAUUUUUUGGUUAAGAAAAAUAUAGCUUAAGGUUGUAGGGACAGGAAGAGGAGAACAACAAUUAUAAAUAUCUAUGAAUAACUAGUUUUGCAUUUUGAAUAUUCUUAAUUUUAAAAAUAUCUGUAAAUAUGCCAAUGCUUACUUGAAAUAGAAUAAUCCUUUCUGUUCCACUGGUGAUGAUAGGUAGUGCCUUUAAUUAUAUCAUCUGAUCUUUACUUGAUGUUCCAUUCAUCACAACUGCCAUGAUCACUUUGUUGACUACCUACUCGAUGAGAUAUAUUUCCGGUUUAAAAAUAAAUACAUAUCUUCAAUUUUCUGCCAAGUGGUUCCGAAUCUUAUUGUGCCCAUUCACAUCAACUGAGACUAUUUUCUUGGAUUUUUAUUUUAUUUUAUUUCAUAUUAUCUAGCCUCAUCACUUGAUUGACUAUGCAUAAAAUUAGACACUUGCGAAUUUUAGUGAUAAUUACCUUCUGUCCAUCUAUAAGUCAUUAACUGAGUAUUUUCUGGGAAAUUCUUAUUUCUCAAGUCUCCUAAUAUCUGCCAAAAAUUAUUUUCUGCCCAUGUAUUAAAUGAGACAUAUCUCCAAUUUUAAUGAGUUUUCAUAUAUCUAAAUCACCUGAACUGCAGGUUUCUGCCAUUGUCUCAUUCUUGCUUGGACCUGACCGGGCAGAGAAAAUUUCCAUUUUUGCUGGGGAUAUUGUUCCAAGGAAAAAGCCUGAUCCGGUAAAAUCUCUGUAAUUUUAUUAAAUGGUGACAUUUUUGGUCUAAAUUAUGGAAUGACUUCAUUUGCAAAACAUAGCUAAGACUCGUUUUUAGUUAUUUCAUUUUUCUAGCGACUAGUUUUAUAUAAAUUUCAACCAACUUUAUAGACUGAUUUAUUUAACCACUUUAUUUUAUCAGGCAAUUUACUUAUUGGCGGCAGACACUCUUGGUGUAGAGACAUCAAGGUCAAAAUUACUCAAACCUUACUAUCCUUGCUGUAUUAAUGUUAUUCAGAAGAUAUUUUUCAUCCCAUCCAUGCAUAGUUCACCUAGAGCUCAAUAUAAUUAAGAAACUUUGAAUUUAUUAUUGAGAUUUUUUGGCAUAAUAAAUGAAUAAUAGUAUAAUAUAUUAAAUUUUGCUUUCUGUAGCUGCAUAGUGGUGGAGGACAGUGCCAUAGGCCUUACGGCUGCCAAAUCUGCUGGAAUGAAAUGCAUAGUUACGAAGAGCAGGUGACUGUUCAUUCCUCUUUUGCAUCUUUAACAUAGAUCUUGGAAUUACAUAUCUAAAAAUAUGUUCAUCACACAUCUAUUAGAAAAAAACCUUUUUUCAGAGCACGAUUUCAGGGGUCAUCCCUCUAAAAAUGAACUGGGCUGGGUUAGGCUCUAAGCCUUUCUUAAUAAAUUAUCAUGAUAGUUUUUGCUUGUUUUACCUGUCAGAAUGUAGCUUCUAGUUAUUCCAUGAGAUUGGAUCUGGCUUAGAAACCAACAAUUCAUUUACUAUUCAAGGAUAUUAUUUAGUGGAAUGUUUUAAUUUUCUUAUAUGGACAUAGAACUUUAUCCAUCAGCGAUUUUGUUUUCUAACUUUCCCCCUCUUUGAUUCUUCAUCUUAUGGUAGCUACACUUCUGAGGAGAACUUUGCGAAUGCUGAUGCUGUUUUUGACUGUAUCGGUGACCCACCUGAGGUCCGGUUUGACUUGGAUUUCUGUGGAAAGCUACUUCUUAAGGAGCAAUUUGUGAGUUAG